AUGCUUACUUUUCAUAAUGUCUGCUCGGUACCCAGCUCCUUUCAGCUCCUGGGAAUCCCAGGGCUGGAGGCCAUGCACAUCUGGCUCUCCAUCCCCUUUAGCUCUAUGUACUUGGUGGCUGUUGUGGGGAAUGUCACCAUCCUGGCUGUGGUUAAGGUAGAACGUAACCUGCAUCAGCCCAUGUACUUCUUUCUGUGCAUGCUGGCUAUCAUUGAUCUGGUUCUGUCUACUUCCACUAUUCCCAAACUUCUGGGAAUCUUUUGGUUUGGUGCUGGAAACAUUGGCCUAGAUGCCUGCUUGGGGCAAAUGUUUCUCAUUCACUGCUUUGCUACAGUUGAGUCAGGCAUCUUCCUGGCCAUGGCUUUCGAUCGCUACGUAGCCAUUUGUGACCCACUGCGUCAUGCCACAGUCCUCACCCAUGCACUGGUGUGUCGUUUAGGACUGGCUGCUCUUCUUCGAGGAAUUCUUUACAUUGGACCUUUGCCUCUGAUGAUCCGCUUGCGGCUACCUCUUUACAAAACUCACAUCAUCUCCCACUCCUACUGUGAGCACAUGGCUGUGGUCACCUUGACGUGUGGGGACAGCACAGUUAACAAUGUCUACGGGCUGAGCAUUGGCUUUCUGGUCUUGAUCCUGGAUUCAGUGGCUAUUGCUGCCUCCUAUGUGAUGAUCUUCAGGGCUGUGAUGGGGCUGGCUACCCCUGAAGCCAGGCUUAAAACUCUGGGGACAUGUGGUUCUCAUGUGUGUGCCAUCCUGAUCUUUUAUGUUCCCAUUGCUGUUUCUUCUCUCAUUCACCGGUUUGGUCACCAGGUACCUCCUCCAAUCCAUACUCUGUUGGCCAACUUCUAUCUCCUCAUUCCUCCAAUCCUGAAUCCUAUUGUCUAUGCUGUCCGCACCAAGCAGAUCAGAGAGAGGCUUCUACAAAUCCUGACGAUGGGAAGUAAGAUGAGGUGA